AUGGAGCUGGUGUCCGGGCUGCUCUCCUGGACGCUGAGCCGAGUCCUGCGGCUCUCGGGCCUCUCUGAGCGGAGCUCGUCCUGGCAGCCCCGGACCAUGCAAGAGAAAGCGCUCGAGGUUUACGAUUUGAUCCGUGCUGUCCGAGACCCAGAGAAGCCUAAUACUUUAGAAGAACUGGAAGUGGUGACGGAAAGCUGCGUGGAGCUUCAGGAGCUCAGUGAAGAAGGCCCUCCCGUUGAUCUUGGAAAUCUACAUUUCCGAAGGCACCCACUCACAGAGGAAGACAUCAACAAGCAGAUAAAUGACAAAGAACGAGUGGCAGCUGCGAUGGAGAACCCGAACUUCAGGGAAAUCGUGGAACAAUGUGUCCUCGAGCCCGACUAA